AUGUAUCAUGGAAUGAACCCGAGCAAUGGAGAUGGAUUUUUAGAGCAGCAGCAGCAGCCUCAGUCCCCCCAGAGACUCUUGGCCGUGAUCCUGUGGUUUCAGCUGGCGCUGUGCUUCGGCCCCGCACAGCUCACGGGCGGGUUCGAUGACCUUCAGGUGUGCGCGGACCCCGGUGUCCCCGAGAAUGGCUUCAGGACGCCCAGCGGAGGGGUUUUCUUUGAAAGCUCUGUCACCCGUUUUCACUGCCAAGACGGAUUCAAACUGAAGGGCUCUACAAAGAGACUGUGUAUGAAGCAUGUAAACGGAACCCUAGGCUGGAUCCCGAGUGACAAACCCGUCUGUGUGCAGGAAGAUUGCCGCAUCCCGCAAAUUGAAGAUGCUGAGAUUCAUAACAAGACAUACAGACACGGAGAUAAGCUAAUCAUCACUUGUCAUGAAGGAUUCAAGAUCCGGUACCCCGACCUAUACAAUGUGGUUUCAUUAUGUCGUGAUGACGGAACGUGGGACAAUCUGCCCAUCUGUCAAGGCUGUCUGAGACCACUUGCCUCUUCUAAUGGCUAUGUGAACAUCUCCGAGUUCCAGACCACCUUCCCAGUGGGAACUGUCAUCUCCUAUCACUGCUUCCCUGGAUUCAAACUCGAGGGCGCAGAGUAUCUUGAAUGCUUGCACAACCUUAUCUGGUCGUCCAGCCCACCCCGGUGCCUUGCUCUGGAAGUCUGUCCGCUACCUCCCAUGGUGAGUCACGGCGAUUUCAUCUGCCACCCGCGACCUUGUGAGCGCUACAACCACGGAACCGUGGUGGAGUUUUACUGCGACCCCGGCUACAGCCUCACCAGUGACUACAAGUACAUCACCUGCCAGUACGGGGAGUGGUUUCCAUCCUAUCAGGUCUACUGCGUCAAGUCAGAGCAAACAUGGCCCAGCACCCACGAGACCCUCCUGACCACGUGGAAGAUCGUGGCGUUCACAGCAACCAGCGUGCUGCUGGCGCUGCUGCUCGUCAUCCUGGCCAGGAUGUUCCAGACCAAGUUCAAGGCCCACUUUCCCCCCAGGGGACCUCCCAGGAGUUCCAGCAGCGACCCUGACUUCGUGGUGGUGGAUGGCGUGCCCGUCAUGCUCCCGUCCUAUGACGAGGCUGUGAGCGGCGGCUUCAGUGCCUUAGGCCCCGGGUACCUGGCCUCUGUGGGCCAGGGCUGCCCCUUACCCGUGGACGACCAGAGCCCCCCAGCAUACCCUGGCUCAGGGGACACAGAUACCGGCCCGGGGGAGUCAGAAACCUGCGACAGCGUCUCAGGCUCUUCGGAGCUGCUCCAGAGUCUAUAUUCACCUCCCAUGUGCCAAGGGAGCACCCGCCCUGCUUCCGACAACCCUGACACAGCUCCCAGCACGGCGGGGGAGGUGGCAUCCACCAGCCCGGGCAUCGACAUUGCAGAUGAGAUCCCUCUAAUGGAAGAAGAUCCAUAA